ACUGCUGGGAUUACAGGCAUGAGCCACAGUGCCCGGCAUCUUGUAGGAUUUUAAAAGGUCAGAGGGCCCUGGGGAACAGGGUGUUUAGAGGAUCCAAAGAGACCUCAUAGGAUCAGAAGAGAUCUUAACAGUGAAAGAGAGUCUGGGAGACUUAGAACAUCUUGGGAAGGCAGGGGUAUUGGAGAGAGAGGGCGUCAGGGGAGGCAGCUGUUCUGGGCCUACAGGAAUUUUCAUCAUGUCAGAACACUUGAAGUAUCCUUGCAACAUCACCAGCUUUGAGGUCAGACUGUCCUGGAAGAUCACACCGCUUGCAUGGAGUUAAGAUGUUUUGAAGGUGGGUCUGGCUCCGUGAUUCAGAGACUCCUGGAUGUCCUGGGAGUCCAGAGCUGUGAAGGUUUUCAGGUAGGUCAGCAUAUCCUUUUGGUAUUUGAAUGCAGGAAAUCAAGGUUUUCUGGAUCUCUGGUGGUCCUCGAAGGUUUGGGUAGACUUGAAUGGACCUGUCAUGGAGUAGAAUACCAAGGUAUCCUUGUACAAUCAAAGCAUUUUCAGGAAAUCAGAGGGUCCUGGAUGAGCAGAACGUGCUAGGCAGGGGUGAGAGUAUGGCAGAAGUGAAGAUGUUCCAGCAGUUCUGGGGAUGUAUUCUACAGAGUGUCUUGCAGGAAAUAGUUGCCUUGAGAGGACAGAAUCUCUCGAGGGUUAGAAUAAUCGCCUUUUGGAUUCAGGGGGCCCUAAUGUGUCGAAGCUGUGCUGGGCUGUCUGUGUGUUAGGAGAGGGGGAGAGUGACUGCGACUAGGGUGCCUACUGACAAGUCUAGGGCUGAGACAGCCAGAGUACACUGGAAGGUUGGAGAGCCUUGGCAUUAAGACAUCCCAUGUGUCAAAGGCAUGUUGGAUGGUCAGAGUGCUUUGGGAGACCAGGAUAUGUCUUUACUUCGUCAAAAUGUCCUGUGGAUCAGGCUAGUGUGGUCAGGGUAUUUCCUGGGUUGGGGUUGGCGUGUUGAAUGGUUUUUCAGUGUCAGCAUCACCUUUGCAAGAUUCAAGCAAAUUGGGGGCUCUGAAUGGGCAGGAAGGCAAGAUGCCUUGACUGUCUAGAUUCCGUAAGGUGAGGAAUUCCUUAAAAGGUUAGAAUUUCCCAAAUCUCACCAUGUCCCUGUGGUCUGGGUGUCUUAGAGGGUCACAGAGUCAUUGUGAGCCCAAGCUCUCGUGCUGAGUAUAAGGUACAGAGGUCUGAGCCUCUCGGAGGGUCUAUGUGUCCUAGAGAGUGAAUGCAUCCUCAGUGCCCUUGUGAUUCAAGGGCCUGACAGGACCAGCAUGGGCACCCCCGGCAGCAGGGUGCAUUGGAAUUCAGUGUUCUCCUGUGAGUCUGAGCUGACUGCGCGUCACUGGGUCUUGCUAGGUUAGGACUGCCGUGGGGUCCAGGUGCUCCAGGAGGCCGCAGGGGAGAAGGAUUAAUAUUAAGAGCAGUGUUGCUCAACUUUAACAUUAUGGACUAAACUUUUGUGUGCCUCCAAAAUUUCUAUGUUGAAGUCCUAACACCCGAUGUGAUGGUAUUUGAAGGUGGGGAUUUGUGGAGGUGAUUGGGUUUAGAUGAGCUCAUGAGGGUGAGGGCCCAUGAUGGGAUUAGUGUCCUUAAAAGCAGAGGAAGAGAAACCAGAGCUGGUUCUUUCUCCACCAUAUGAAGGCACCGUGAGAAGGCAGCCAGCCCUCUGCAAGCCAGGAAGAGAGCCCUCACAGGGGAGCCGAAUAGGCGGACCCCUUGAUCUUAGACUUCCCAGCCUCCAGAACUGUGAGCAACAAAAGUCUACGGUUUAAGCCACACAGUCUGUGCUAUUUCGUCAUGGCAGCCCCAGCUGACUCAAGACCCACGUGCACUUGGUUCUCCUGGAGAUCUUGGUACAGGGGAGAUUGUGACUCAGCAGGACGGAGGUGGGGCCCGGGGAUCUGCAUUUCCAGCACGCUCCCGUUGCUGCUGCUGCUGUUGAUCCAUGGACACCACCGUAAGCAUCGAAAUCCUAAAGGAUUAUGAUUUCCUGUCUUGAAUCAUCAGGGUGUUUUUAAAGGACCUGUAUGAUGGCAUGACCUUGGGAAUCAGACUGUCCUGUGGGUACAGUGUGUUCCGGGGGGGGGUCCAUGUGUCCUGAGAAGUAGAGGUGAAGUGUUCUGGGUGUCAGUGUGUCCCGGGGGAUCCUAAGGUACUGGGCUGUCGCAUCAUCCUUAAGCGGUCAGGGUGUCCUAGGGAUGUCAGAAUAUACUUCCUGGGUCUAAGUAACCUCAAGGGACAGACUACUGUGGGACCAGGCUGUCCCGACUGUUCAGGGAUUCCCGGUGUCAGGAUUUCCUUGAAGAAUCAGAAUGUAGUAUGCCACGGGAAUCUCAGUCACUUUCCGAGUCCUGAAGUCUGGGGCAGGAUGGGGGGUCAGGAUGCACCUGGAAUGCAGAUGUUCAGGUCAGCGUUUUCGGAGGGUCUGGGUGACCUCGGAAGGUCAUGGUGUCCUGAGGGUUCCGGGUGAAUGAGGAGGUGGUGUUUGAGGGAGGAAAUCAGACAGUACUUGAGAGCUAAGGUGUCCUGGAGGCCCAUUCUCCGGAGUGGGUUCAGGUUGGCCUGAGCACUGGCUGGUGUAUUCUGAACUAUCAGGGUGUCUGAGAGGGGCUGGCGUGCACUUGUGACUUCUUCUUUUUCAGUUUCCCGGAAACAGGUCCUUGGGUGUCACCCCCAUGCUGAGAUGCCAGGCAGGCUCCACUCCUGGGUCCCUUUCCCCAGCUCUUUGUUCCUCUCCCCACAGUGGGGUUGUGAGGAGGGGGUCUCAGGAGGAAUGCAUUUUCUCCUCCUCCCCCUGCCUGCUCCCAGGAGGGGAUUUAAUAGGACAAAAGAAUCCCGUCCUCUGGGAAUACGAGCCCUUGGCCCCAGUCCCUGGACCCUCCGACAGAACACCUUCCCUCAUCCGGCUUGUGAUCCUCCCUGAGCAAGGGGGCUCUGGCGACCGUGUGGUGAUUGGAGGGGCCCGCAGGGGCGAGGAGGAGGUCACUCCUCCACGACUGGGGAGUGGAAUGGGAAAGUAGGCAGCUGACAGAAGAGAGCGGCAUCCCGGUGGAGAGAAGGGCCAGGCAGAGAAAAGUAGAGUCAGAAACAGAGCAACAGGUGAGGCCGAGACAGGAGAAUGAGAUGACACUCAAGCCAAGGAAGGGGGAAUUAGGAAACAAUUAGAAAAAAGGUAAAGACAGUGAAAAGUCAGAGAUAGCUACCUGCACCUACACACAUUCAGACAGAGACCCAGAGGGUGGCACACGCAGGGGGAGAAGGGGAGAGAACAGGUGUGGAGAGGAGCUGCGGAAGCAGAGAAAUCUUGAGUCAGAGAUUCAGGGACACUUGGUCCCCGUGGCGAGCCAUGGAAGCAGAAAGGAAGCGCCAGGCCGAGAAGCCAAAGAAGGGACGAGUCGGCAGCAGCCUCUUGCCAGAGAGAUACCCGGCCGCUGGGACCCUGACCACCAUGGUGGACUCGAGUGCUCCACCCUGCAGGAGGCUCCCUGGUGCAGGAGUCGGGAGACCAAGGUUCUCCCCGCAAGGAGGACAGAGGGGCCGCCCGCACUCCCGGCGCCGCCAUCGCACCACCUUCAGCCCAGUGCAGUUGGAACAGCUGGAGUCAGCCUUUGGGAGGAACCAGUACCCCGACAUCUGGGCCCGGGAGAGUCUUGCCCGGGACACCGGCCUCAGCGAGGCCCGAAUCCAGGUCUGGUUCCAGAACCGCAGAGCUAAGCAACGGAAGCAAGAGCGCUCACUGCUUCAGCCCCUGGCCCAUCUGUCUCCUGCCGCCUUUUCCAGCUUCUUGCCAGAGUCCCCUGCUUGCCCCUACUCCUACGCGCCACCACCGCCACCAGUGACCUGCUUCCCUCACCCCUACAGCCACGCCCUCCCCUCCCAGCCCUCCACAGGAGGCGCCUUUGCUUUGCCACACCAGUCUGAGGACUGGUACCCUGCCUUGCACCCAACCCCUGCUGGCCAUCUUCCCUGCCCCCCACCCCCUCCCACUCCCCUCAGCCUUGAGCCAUCCAAGUCCUGGAACUGAGGUGAAACAAGUACCACUAAGGUGAUCCCCAGCCUGUGGCCCUCGUGACAAAACAAGAAAUUGGGGUGGCUUCCUUUCCUUCUAUGGGCGAAGCAGAAGUAUGGUGAGGGUCGGCUCAGCAAUUGGAAAUGUAAAAGUGGGAGAUCAUGGUGAAUUCUCACUGUGGUGAUGAGUGGAGGAAAUCUGGGGAGGUGAGCUGCUGGAAGAGACAGGCAAAGAGGCCCCCGUGGAGCUGCCUGCUGAAGGGUGAUAUUGAUGGAGACAGUUGCUGGUGAGUGGAGAUGAUUGAAGGGCUCGGACGUGAGGGCCUUCAUUAACUGAGAUCACAGUUGAAGAAGAUCCCAGCUCUUUCUGGCUGAUUUCAGUAAGGCUUCUGAUUUAGAGUCUACCUAUAUAUCCCUUCCCCAUUGCCCACCCCGCCAUCCCAAUCAGUCACUCACUUUUGUUUAUUCUGUCCUAGGAUUUUUUUUUUUUUUUGAAAUGGAGUCACCCAGGCUG